AUGAUUGAAAUACCAGAUCUAAAUAAACAACAUCGACAACACCAACAUCAACAAUCAUUCCAUAUAGAUAAUGAACCAGAUGAUAUAGUAGAAACAGAUGACAUAUAUACUGCUACUAAUGAUGAUGAUGAUGACAAUAGUAUUACUAAUGAAUUUAAUGACUUUAAUGAUAAUAAUAUAAAACAACAACAGAUUGAAUAUGGUUUAAAUAUAAUACCAAAUUUGAAAGAGCAUUCAAUUAAUUUUAAAUUACAACAUCCAGCGAAUUUGGAAAUACCUAGAACUUCUACUCCAGAAGAUUUAGACCAAGUUGGUCAGUUAAAAUCUCCUAUUUCGGCCAUUAUUCCUAUCGAUCAUACUCAACCUUCACCUCAAUUACCUCCACCACUUUCAUCAAUACCUUUACAGAAACUAACUUUAAGUCAAACCAAUAAUGAAGAAUUUGGAUCUAUACGAAAGGGUUUAGCUACUGAUUUAAAAACUCCUGUUGAAUAUACCCUACAUAUUGUGUUUACUCAAUUUGUAAGACAUACAGAACGAAAAUUAAAUCAAUUUUUAGAUUUCCCAUUACAUGAAGAACCACCGAUUUUAAAAAUAUUUGAAAAAGGUAAAGAUCCUGUAUUUGAUAAGAUCUUAAAAGAAUUGGGUUAUAUUGCAAAAAGAAAACCAAAACCUGUGAUUGAUACAAUAAUGUUCUGGAGAAAAUCAAAAGGAGAAGUAGCUGCUUUAGCUGCUUUAGAAAUUGAAAGAGUAAUAUCGAUAGCUAAAACUAAUUUAAACAAAGUGUCAGAUGAUAAUAAAUCCAUAAAAAAUAGUACUGGAUCUAAGAGAAGUUUAAGUUUAAUGAGAUCAAAAAGUAUUUCCAAAUUGUCUCAUAAGCGUAAUCAGUCUGUUCAAAGCUUAGAAGAACCUAUGCAUGAAGAAUAUAUAAAACAAAAACAAUAUUAUGAUUUACAAAUUGCUAAUGCAAGACAAACUGCCAUUCAUGCUGAAAAAAAAUCAAUUGCAUCAAUUUAUAUUCUAUGUAGAGUAUUAAUUGAAAUUGUUGAACAAGCUUCAAAUGCAAUGGAUGAAGACUUAGGUGAUAAAUUAGAGGAGAUUGUUUAUACUCAAUUGAAAACCACUGAUCCAACAAGUUCUGAUCAAUCAAUGAUAAGAGCUGCAAACUGGAAUUUAUUUGCUCAAUUAUUAGGUGUAAUGUCGAAGCAAAGAUUCAUCUCAGUAAGUGAUAGGUUCAUAUCUGACAUUGAACAAAUUCCAAAAGAUGUUAAACCAGAAUUGCAACCAAAAUUAUAUUUACUAAUUAAUGGUAUGAGAUAUUUAAGAUUGAAAAAUUACCCCAUUGAUGAAUUUGAAGAGAGUGCUGAAUUUAUACAAUCAUUGGCAAAGUUUUUUAGUUUAACAACUAAUGAUAUGUUAUUAUAUGGUUAUUGUGAUGUUUUAAAUUCACUUAUUUUACCUUUAGCUAAAAGUUUAACUGCAGAAGUAAAUUAUCCAACUUGGGUAGAAGCAAUUGAUAAGAUAUAUAAAAAAGGAAUUAAAAUGUGGAAGCUGAAUUUAUCAUCACCAAUGUCAGCAAAUUUACCAUUAUUUGAUAAUCAUAAAAUUCUCACUUAUAAAUCUUCAAGUUGGUCUUAUUCAAUAACAUUAAUAACAGCUGCAUUAUCAGUAUCAAGAAAAGAUUUAUUUCAAAAUUGGUUCCAAUUUAUAGAGGACAAUUCACUGAAGUUAAAACCAAAGGUUGAUGAUAAUGAAAAAACAAUUUAUAUAACAUCAAUAUCAAGAUUGACUUGGGUAUAUCUCAACAGAUUUCCUGACACCCUUAAUAAUACCAUCAAACGUUUAGAUUCACUAUUUCAAUUAUUAUUUUUCAAUCCAUUAUCAAAGAAACAACAAUGGAUAACCCUUGAUUCCAAUUUAAUAACUGCUUUAACUGAAUUAAUUACUAUUGUUGGAUAUACUCACAUAAAUUAUAUACUAGAACAUGUUUUGAUCAAAUUGAUUCACAGUUUUCAUGGAACAAUUGAAUCUAUAAAUCCAGAAAAGUUAAUAAUUGCAAUUAAAAGUUAUAUUUCAAUUUUGACAUGUAUUGAAUUCCAAGAGAAACCAUCAUUUCCAAUUGAUGAUUUUGAAAUAAAAGAAUCCGGGGAAUUUACAUUUACGGCAAAAAGUGCUACUAAUUUGAUAGCUCAUCAGGAGAUUUCUAAAUCGUUAGGUUCCUUGUUGCAGCUAUUUGAUCAACACUAUGGAAAUAAAUUCAACGAACCUACACAAACUAAAAACAAUGGAAUUUUUCAAUUCUCAAGUGUGACAUCUACCAAUUUCAAUACAGAAUUAUUUUCAACCUUAAUAUAUGCUAUUCCAUAUAUAAUGGUUCCAUUGAAACAGGAUUCCCUUUGUGGAAUAUCAUUUAAACAAAUUGUUGAAUUAUUAACUAGAAAUGUUUUACACACUGAUGACAAAAUAUCCUCCACCUCCGUUAAUGCUUUAAAAAAAAUUGCAACAAGAACGAAUCCAUCUACUUUAUUAACUAUAUAUGCAAAAUUGGCAUUUAAAUUAAGUGACAAAAUGGGUAUUUACGACCCUACUUAUCAGUUUUCUGAUAAUUUUUUAAAAUUACAAAAAUUAUAUACUGAAUUGCUAAAUUGUUGGUUGAAAUCAUUAAUUGAAUUAAAAGAAAGCAGGAAAAAAACAGUACCGGAAAACAUCUAUCAAAAAAAGAAGGAAGAUGAUUUAUAUUUAGUGACUGAUAAAAAUUAUGAUGUGAAUCAAUUGGAAGAAUGGAAACCUAUUGAUGAUAUUGAAUGGAAAUCAAUAAUAACUGCGAUUGAAGGUAUUGAAGGUAUUGGUUUAUUUUUCCUUUGUUCACAAGAUCCAAAAACUAGAUAUUAUAGUUUAUCAAUUUUGAAGACGGUCGAACAAUUUGAUCAAGUUAUUUAUGACAUUACAAAUGAAGCAACUACGAAAAAACAACAUACUCGUACUUCUUCAAAGUUUGUUGCUGAUGAAGGCACAAGAUUGAUCCACGUUCUCGAAGAAAUUGAUUUUAUGAACUUGAUAAAACCAUUUAAAAAGGAAUUGAGUAUUCCGGAAAGAACAAGAUUGACUAAAUUGAAAAAUAAAAAGAAUAUUUUAUUAAGAUUAGCUGAAUCUGAACAAGGAAUUGAUUCUAAAAUUUGGUUUAGAUUAUAUCCUAAAGUAAUUGAAAUAUUUUUUGAAAGAUGUCCUAUACCAGUUGCUGUAUGUCGUGAUAUUGUAUGUGUUAGUCUUGUUCAAAUGCAUGAAAUUGUUUCUGAUUAUUCGGAAAAGGAUAAAUUCUUUUCAGUUUUCCUGAAGAAUCCAACGGGUAAUAUUCCUCCUGAAAUUUUAAUAAAUCAAUGGAAAUUGUAUCUCAUAUUUGUUUGUACUUCAUUAACUACCACUGGUGAACAAAAAAUUUCACUCCCACAACAACCUACUCAUGGUAGAAAAAAAUCCGUCCCUAUAUUUAUUCAACAUCAAAAGAUAACUAGUGCGAAGUCAGUAUUUAGAAUGGUUUUACCAUUAUUAAAUUCAUCACAGAUUAGAAUUAGAGAAGCUGUAAUUUUGGGAUUGAGUCACAUCAAUAUUAACAUUUUCAAAACAUUUCUUGAAAAUAUACCAUUAGCUACUAAUGAUUGGAAUUUGGAUAGACGUAAUUAUGGUGACGAUAGGUACAGAAUUGAAAUUAUUCAUAUCAUGAUGAACUUAACUGCUAAGUUCAAACAACAUGAUUUAAUUUACAAUGAUGAUACAAUAAUUGCAAAUUUAGUCACGAUCGUAAAGAAGGUAAAAUCAUUUUUAACAUUACCUGACGUACAAAUUAAUAUUGAUUUUCAAAGACUUCGAAGAUAUUUUGCUGGAUUUCUUGAGAACGUUUAUAUAGGAUUACAAUCAAAAUUAGAUGAUUGGUUACCUUUUGAAGCUAGAAUCUCAUGUUUUAACUAUCUUAAAGAAUGGUGUGGACUUGGGGAUUCAAAAGGUAUAACUGAAGAUAGAUAUGAUAUUAUGAUUCAACGUGUUUCUAAGGAUUCUCCAGCAAUUGCAUUAUUAGAUUUAGAAAGGAAAAAAUUAGAUCACGCUAGUUUAAGUUGUAUGGCUACUUUAUGUUCAAGUCAAAUAAAACAAACAAUUGUUGGUGAUAUAGCAAUUGUAUCAUUUGAUAUUCCUGGUUUGAUGAAUUGGAUUGAAUGUUUAUUGAAUUCCGAAUCUGAAAAAGUUCAAGAAAUUGGUUCAACUGCUUUGAAAAACUUAUUGAUGAAUAAUUUUGAUAAUCCUGAAAUUAAAUCAUUUGUUAUAAAACAAUGUUAUACAUCACAUUCAAUAUCCAUUAUCAGAAAAUACUUUUGUACUUUUGCCGAUGCAUACAUGGAAAAAGAAGAUGAUGAAACAGCACCUGAAGAUAUUGUAUCAUUAGCUGGUUAUUUAUGUGGUAAUUAUAAAUUAGAUAUUAGAAAAUCAGCAGUUACCUUGUUAGAAUAUCUUGAAGAGAAACAUUUGAAAACAAACAGGUUGAGAAUAAUUGUUGAUCAGAUAUGUAGUGAGAAUUCGGUAAUAUUCAAAAAGGCGAUGUAUGAAAUGUCAGUUAAAAUGCAAACUAAACCUGAAAAAUUGUUUAUAAGAUCAAGUUAUUUACUCAAGUAUUUUAAUUAUGUAAAUAAUGAUGCAAGAAAAGAUAUAGUGGUAUUAUUACUUCCAAUGGUUAGUAAGAUUGUAUUAAAUGAAGACCCACCUUCAUUAAUGUUGAUUACAAAUCUUAUUGAGAUUACAAUCAAAUAUGGUGAUUCAUUUUCAUCUGAAUUUCAAGCAUUAUGGAAUUCAUUAGCAACAAACAAUUUUGAUAAAGUGUUUGAGUUCCUAUUCAAAUUAUGUCUUGAAAAGAAACAUUCAAUAUUUGUUCAAAGUAGUAGGUCAAUUAUCAAUUAUUUAACCCUUUCCAAUCCAUUAUUUGUUAUUGAAAAAUUGAUAAGUAAUUUACAACCAAAAUUAAUGGUCCCACCACAGGUUAAAUUAAAUUCUCCUUGUGAUGAGUUCUUGGAUUUACCUUAUGUCGCAGAUUUAAAUAAAUUGAUACCUCUCAAUGAAAAAGAUUCUGCAUUUUCAGUUGGUCAAUUAUCAAUGGUUUUUCUUGCUGAUCUAUUGAUUGAAAAAGAUGGAGUUAUAAUUGAAAAAUUACCACUAUUAUUACACAUUGUUUUUUCAUUAUUAGAUCAUUAUUUACCUAUCAUUAGAGAACAAGCAGCUACUUUAUUAAUUCAUAUAAUUCACGCAUUAAGUGAUGAUCCAAAACUGAAUGAAGUGAUUAAAGCAUUGAGAACUAAAGAUAAUUCAAAAGAUUUAUGGGUUUAUGAUGAUUUAAACAAUGAUAAAAAAGGAGCAAGAACUCCUGGAAAUAUGGAUUUAUUAAUUAGAAAUAUAAUCUCAAUUUUUGAUAAAAUUCCAAAUUUACAAGAUGAUUGGAGUAGAGUUGCAUUGAUUUGGGCUACUACAUGUGCAGUUAGACAUAUUGCAUGUAGAUCUUUUCAAAUAUUCAGAUCAUUAUUAUCGUUUUUAGAUCAAAGUAUGCUUAAGGAUAUGUUGCAUAGAUUAUCAAAUACAAUUAGUGAUGAAACUGUUGAUAUUCAAGGAUUUGCAAUGCAAAUUUUAAUGACAUUAAAUGCUAUUACUGCAGAAUUAUCAUCUGAAAAAUUGAUUGACUUCCCACAAUUAUUUUGGUCUAGUGUUGCUUGUCUAAGUACAAUUCAUGAACAAGAAUUCAUUGAAGUUUUAUCAACAAUGAACAAAUUUGUUUCUAAAAUUGACUUAGAUGCAAGUGAUACUGUUUCCUGUUUAAUUUCUACAUUUCCUCCAAAAUGGGAAGGUAGAUUUGAAGGAUUACAACAAAUUGUUAUGGUUGGUUUAAGAUCAUCAACUUCAUGGGAACCGUCACUUAAAUUUUUAGAUAAAUUGAUAACUUUAAACGAUUCACAAAUUAUUGGGAUGGGGAAUCCAAGAAUUUUAACGGCAUUAUUAGCUAAUAUGCCUAGAUUUCUUCGUUCAUUUGAUUCUGAUUUAGAUAUUUCAACAACUGCAUUAGGCAUUAGUAGAUUAGCUGAAAAUAGUAAUAAGGAUUCAUUAGCUAGAAUUUUAUCCUCAUUAGCUAAAGGCAAAUUUAGGUCAAAAAGAGAUUUUUUAAAUCAAACAGUUCAAACAAUAGAACGUUAUUUCUUUCCAGAUUAUGAAGCACAAACAUUAGUAUUAUUAUUAGGUUUAUUAUCUAAUAAAAUUGCAUGGGUUAAACUUGAAACAAUGUCAAUAUUAAAAUUAAUUUUCCCCAAAGUUGAUCUACAAAAAGAUGAAUUUUUAGGAGUUGGUGCAGAUUUGAUAAGUCCGUUACUAAGAUUAUUAUUGACUGAAUAUGCUGAUCCUGCAUUGGAAGUUUUAGAUGAAGCUGUAACUAUAUCAGGAUCUCAAUUAGAUAAAGAUGUAUUGAGAAUGUCACUUGGUAAUACAUCGAUGAAGAAAGAAUAUGAAAAUACAGCUACUUUAUUUGGUAUACCUGAUGAAAGUGGUUGGUCAAUUCCAAUGCCAGCAGUUACAAGUGCAAGUACAAGAAAUAAUGUCCAUGCAGUGUUUUCUACAUGUUUAGUUACAACAGAUUCUGUUGAAAAGAAUGAAGAAGCAGAAGUUGUCUUCCAUUUAGAAGAAUAUUAUCCACCAACUGAAAAAGUUAAAAAAGAAAUUAAGAAUACAGAUUUUUAUAAUGACUCAAAUUCAGUUAACGUUGAAGAUCCGCCUGAAGCGUCAUUAAGCAACGUCUGGGCUGCAUUAGAUGACUUUGAUUCAUUUUUCACCAAAGAUGCUGAUGGAAAUGGAGUCGUAUUACCUAUUUCGCAAUUACAUUCAGCUAAUGUCCCAUUGAACAAUAAUUAUCAUGGACAUUCAGCUUCUGUUGAUACAAAAUAUAGUACUUCAAGUGAUAAUUCAUUAAUACCAAUGGAUUCUGCUCCAAAUAUUUACGAUAAGAAUGUUUCACUAAUAUUAAAUAGAAGUUUGGCAAGAACACAAUCAAACACAUCUUUCAAAACUAAUCUUGCCGAUUCAAUAGGUAAUUCUCCACAUUCAUCAAAUUUAUUUCAAUCAUCAAUUAGAAGAUCUUAUAUGCCAUUUAAAAAAACAACUCCUCAAAAUUCAAGUUUAACUACUCCAACAUUACAAACAGGAUUUGAUAAAACAUCAUCAUCAUCAUCAACAUUAAUAAAAACACCAAUACUAACUACUCCAAAAUAUGAUCUAAAAGAUGAAGGAGUUAACAGAUUUGAAGGUCUAUUAACUGGUAAAAAAAGAUCAAAAAAAUCAAUAAUUACCAAGAAUUCAAUAUCUCCAAAUGCAUCUCAAACUAGUAUAUCACCAGAUUUACACACACAAACUAGUUUUACAAAGAAACCAACUUCAACAGAGAAUCAAAAGAAGAAUUCACAGAAGUUUAAAUAA